GGUCGAUUUUAUGGUCAACUGACCAUUCCUAUAGUUUCGAUCACGUUUCGAUUGACAGCCACGGAGGUGUGGAGCCACUUGAUCGCGCAUCUUGUGAAACAAUUUUUUCUGUGGUUCUCUUCCACGCGAUUGCUAACCGAACACGAAGAUGUUUUCGGCAAACGCAAAAAUUGUUAAAAGCGGUGGCGCCGAGCCCGACGCUUUCGAGGCUAGCAUUUCGCAGGCUCUUCUUGAGUUGGAGAUGAACAGCGACCUCAAAUCUCAACUGAGGGAACUUUACAUCACCAAAGCCAAGGAACUUGAAACCAACAACAAAAAGUCUAUCAUAAUCUACGUGCCGAUGCCAAAACUGAAGGCUUUCCAAAAGAUUCAAACAAGGCUUGUGCGUGAAUUGGAAAAGAAGUUUUCCGGAAAGCACGUCAUGUUUGUAGGAGAGAGAAAAAUUUUGCCCAAACCAACCCGUAAGACACGUACCAAGAACAAGCAGAAGAGGCCACGCAGCCGAACUCUCACUGCUGUUUAUGACGCCCUCCUCGAAGACCUCGUCUACCCAGUCGAAAUUGUUGGUAAAAGAAUUCGUGUCAAACUCGAUGGAAAACAACUCAUCAAAGUCCAUCUGGACAAAAAUGAGCAAACCAACAUUGAACACAAGGUUGACACUUUCGCCUCUGUCUACAAAAAAUUAACGGGCCGUGACGUGACGUUCGAAUUUCCCGAAUCGUAUGUCUAAUUCGUUAACAACGUUUGAAUAAAAGAUAUGAAAAAUUA